CACUUCCUUCCUCCACACCUUUCCAGGGGGCCUUCCCUUCUUCGCGCCCCUGUCCCCAUCCUCGCCUUCCCCAGGUGGAGGCCGCCACCCUGCCUCUGCCCUCAGCCCCCAUCGCCCUCCAGGUUUCGGGCUCUGGCUCCCACCCCUGCCUGCGAGGCCUGGAAGCCGGAGAGGAAAUGACUGAGCCGUCUGGGUCCCCGCCCGCCCUCGCGCGCCCGCGCCCCCGGCCACACCCUCCGCCCCGAAGCAGCUCCCACGCGGUGCACUGGCACUCCAGGCUCGCGACCCCGAGCUCGGACAUGUCUCUCUCCGGUCGCCUGUGUCUCCUAACCAUUGUCGCUCUGAUCCUGUCCAGCAGAGGGCAGAUGUCAGAGGAGGCCACACCCAUUUUUCCAGUGGACCAAACUUCUGUGAACACUCCUCAGGUCCCAGAUACAGCUAACCCAGAAGUCCGCCCCACUCCUCCGAUCCCCAUCCAGGACACUGAUGAAACCACACAAAGCCAGACUGAGGCUGAAAUGAGUCUGGAGACUCAGCAACCGACAGAAACAGACACCACGCUUCUGGUGACAGAUCCAGGGACACACUGGAGCUCCGAUGACGCCCAUGCCCCCAAAGGGACCACCGCACUCCCCAGGAUUGGAUCUCCAAGCCCAAGCAGAGACAACUGGAGAAAGAUCCAGACCCCUAAGCCACUGGGCUCAGAAGAGGAAGACCCUUUCUACUAUGAUAACACCACCCUCCGGAGACGGGGGCUGCUGGUGGCAGCCGUGCUGUUCAUUACGGGCAUCGUCAUCCUUACCAGUGGCAAGUGUAGACAGUUGUCUGGAAUUUGCCGGAAUCACCACAGGUGAGUGGGGCCAACACCUUGAUGGGCACCCCAGCUGGAGCACCCACACCAAUUCACCACCCCCACCUCCUCCCUCUACCCCAAGAGCCUACAGAGUGGUCAACACAAGAUACCCCAAGAAGGAAGAGGCAGCUGGUGGGAGCCAGGCCUGAGGCCUCUGAGGGUUCCCGGCUCCCUGGGUCCUACCCUGCACACUAGCCAUCCUGUUCAGAUGGAAAAUAAAGCUUGGUGUGGUCCUUC